AUGCAAGGAAAGUACGAGGAGUACAAGCGCCACCUCGAGAGGUUAAACGGACUGAGUGAUACGUAUUUGCGUCUCAACUACACCCAUCUCCCGAGCCUGCAAACUGUCACGCUAUUCGUCAGCUUCGAAUGCGUCCCCUUUCAAGGAAAUGACCCCGCAGAGUUGGAUCGACCCGGACAGUCAGCGUGGAGACUACAAUUGAAAGGCGGGGGCUGGCUUGGCAGCUUCCGUCCUUAUACGCUGUUUCAUGUCUUUCGUGGCUCUGUGCCGGUGCCGAACGUGAGAUUCGAUCUGGCUGGUAUAAGGCAUAAUCCGUGGAAUCUGUGUCCAAAUGUCGGCGAUCAGUGCUGGUGUCGGGGGAAGAGCAUCGACGCGGAUAGUGUGCCGUGGGAGAAGACGAGUACGAGCAUUAUAGAGGUGUGGAAGUAUCUGGGAGAGAGGGGUUAG